AUGGUAUCCAAAAGGGUGAAAUACGCUUUGGCCCAUCUAUCGCGGAGGCAGCACAUGGCCAUGCUUGCUAGACCGACGUGGAGACGUCUGAAUAAAACUGACAUUCAUUGUAUUGCAGACCCGUUUGCCGUGCAUCGUUCAGCCCUGAAAUGUCACCCCUCAAAGAGGCUAAGAAUCAUGUCACAGCCAAGAGUAGUCAACAAAAAAUUCGACCCCACGAAACUCGGAUCUAGCUAUCCGAAAAUCCACCCGAAAACUCUGAAUGCAAAGCCCAGCAAGCGAAUCGCCGAAAUGUCAUUGCCUAAGAAAAGGAUGUUACUGAUAACGAGAAAACAGUUCUCUGGAAACAAAACAGUGAUCCGGAAUAUCGACUCGAUCCUCAAGGCGAUCACCAAGACGCGUUACCACAAGUACAGAAUCCUUUGUCUCGCAGCGGAGCAGCGGAUGAUGGCAAGAGCGGCGAAGCUCCGUAAGCGGCUUCACAAGGCUCUUUCGAAGCCUGAGGAUUGGGCAAAGCACAAGCAAACAUUGGAGCGGAUUGCAGUGCCAAAAGUUGUUCCCGAACCCUGGACACCCGAUCGCGGCGAGAAAAAGAGCAUCGAAGAAAUGAAGGAUAGGCUGGAUAUCCUGGCCCAGCCGGUGGUCAAAGAUUCAGGGCCAAAGCUGGAUCCCUUCUCGGUCAGGCCUAGUGCGUUGAAAUACCAGGCAAGCGAACGCAUCAAGGAAAUAGCGGUUCGCAAGAUAACCAGAGACGCGUAUCCUCCGAAAGAUCCAACCGCCGUUUCUCCGGCCGCCAUUAAGGCAGUUCCUACACCGAGGGUCCUGAUUCUCGCAAAACCAGCCGUCAGGCCUCCAGGACGCGAGACGGAUUUGAAGGAAGACGCUUUCAGCGUCGUGCCAAGGGCGCUUAAGGCCAAGUGCACGGCUCGAACGAAAAUACUUGCCAAGCCCAAGUCGUACGGCAAUUCUACAUAAACUGACCGGAGAUGAAACGCCAGCACGUUUCGUGCGGAUCGACGCGACGUACGCAUCCCUCGACCGCAAGAUCCUCCAUUCCUUCCUUCGCCUCGCAAUCAGUCCUGAUGUCUCCUCUUGUGUCAUACAUGCAAUAUAUAUCGUGUGUAUGAGUUUUGUCGUAACUCCCGUUAAACCAAAAACGUUUCAUUAAUCAUAAAAGAGACCAAGAAAUGGUGGAAAGAGAUGAAAAUGAAACUUGAAAUGACGAGCCCUACACUCUUGUCAUGCUUAGCUGCCCACUCCGCGACAUCGUCUCGACGAUUCACCGCAGUCCUGAAAUAUUCCUGGCUUUAUUUAGCCUAUGAGAGCUUUCUCGUUCUUCCCUUCGCGCUUCUUCGUCAUCGGCUGGAUCCAAGGUAGAAGAAAAUUGUUCCCUUAGGUUACAUAAAUAACAUCGUCUUUACGGGAUUACAGUGAAAAUUUAAUAAUAUUGAGAGCUUACUUUCCGCAAGCUGACGGUGA